CUCCACCUAUCCCGUGGAGACCAGAGCUGCGAUUGAAUGUGACGUCCCCUCAAUGGCAGCACUUUAGAACAUGGAAUGCCCACACGUGGAUGACGCGGUGAAAUUAGAUGUCGACAAAUUAAAGCUCGCCAGCAUCUCCCAGUGGACGUGCGAAGAGUGUCGGGCGCGCAAGAAUCCGUGGAUAUGCCUAACGUGCGGGAGAAUACACUGCGGAAGGUACAUCAACGCUCACGCGCUCAGUCAUUUUGACAAAGAGCCUGCGCACUGUGUGUGUCUCGAUCAGUCGACGGCUGUCUUCUGCUACCGAUGUGAUGAGUUUGUCAUCAAUGAUACACCACUGAAGCAUGUAGAAAGACUGCGGCAAGAGAUAGCUGACAAACAAGAACGGAAUCGUCGACGACGUCUGGCAGUGAAAAGCGACGAAGAACCAUCUCGAAAAAAAUCAGCUCGGCUCGAUGGAAAGCCAACAGACGCUGUAGUCAAGUGCCAUCGAGUCGGAUUACGGAAUUUGGGCAACACUUGCUUUAUGAAUUCUGUUCUACAAUCACUGAGCAACAUCAAGGAGUUUACUCUCUACUUCAUGAGACUUCCGUCAUUUGAUAGCUGCAGGGAAAAGUCGAGAGGGAGUCAUGGAUACUUUACAAGACAAAAGGGACCGGAUGAGAACAUGGAAAGUUCGUUGGUUGAAGAGGUUCGAAAGUGUGUUUGUGCUCUCUGUAACGAAGGCGCGGCUCCACACUCACCGGACACACUCUUUGCUGUUGUAUGGCAGAUUGUGCCAAGAUUCAGAGGUUACCAGCAACAGGAUGCCCAUGAGUUUCUUCGAUAUCUUCUGGACAAGUUGCAUUCAGAGCUGCUCGAGUAUGCUAAACGGAACAAUAGCAGUCGACAGACAAUCGUAUCAGGAAUAUUUGGUGGACAGCUUCGUAGUGAGGUUAAUUGUUUAACGUGCGAGUCAUUAUCGAUCAAGCACGAUCCUAUCCUUGAUUUGUCACUUGAUAUUCCUCAGCAGUUUGUCAAUAUGCGAGGAAAGGGAAGACCACAAUGUCGCAUUCAAGAUUGCUUGGCAAGUUUUGUACAAAAAGAAGAGUUAGAUGAGACAGAGUUCUAUCAAUGUACGCGAUGUCAGAGCCGACAGAGAUCAACCAAGAAGCUGUGGAUGACAUCGUUACCACCAGUUUUGUGUUUGCAUCUCAAACGUUUUCGUUUCACCAACAUGUUUCGUACGAAAAUUGACAUUCAUGUCCAGUUUCCGAUAAUGGGUUUGGAUAUGUUGCCGUUUCUGUAUGCAACAGAGGAAACACAGAAGGCUGCUUGUCAGAACUACUAUGAUCUUGCUGCUGUCAUUGUUCAUCAUGGUUCUGGGGUGAGCUCAGGUCAUUACACGGCAUACGCUUGCAGUCAAAUAGCAGGAACAUGGUUUCACUUUAACGACUCUACAGUUACGGAAGUAUCAACAGAGCAGGUAGCAUCGUGCAAGGCCUACAUUCUGUUCUACGUACGACGGACAAAUUCAGGCAAUCUAAGCGACACAAUUGACGAUUUUGUUGAUGUUGAAACAUGAAAUAAUUGUAUAGGUAGCCAUUGAAUUUCAUACGUAAUCAUUUUGUUUAUGAAGUAUUCUGCAUGUUGGGCAAUGCCCGUCUUGUAUUCAGAUUGUUGUGUAGAUACAUGGUUACCUUGUUUAUGUGAUAAUUUGGUAAUACCAAUAACAAACACUAGAACUUGG